GUCCGUUAGCAUUUCCUGGACGUUAGCAUUUCCCACGCGCCCUAUUCAUGUUCGGAUCGCCCUCGCGAUGAUAUUUUUCACCUGGGAUUGCCCUCUCCCUUCACCCAACGAGAUCCAGACGCGGAGAUGCGGUCUCCAGCUGCGAUCCCUGGCCAACGCCAGGUCGUGUACGCGCGCUUCGUCAUCUCUCCGCCCUGUUCUCUUUCUUCCCGACUUCGUUUCUCCGGAAAUUUCUGAUUCUACCUUACCACUCGAUCUUUAUCUCAUUUUCAUCUCGCAAGCGGUUUUUUUAGUGCCUUAUAAUCGAGACUUCUUCCUAGACCAGAGGUCCAGGAAGUAACAUUUUGUUUCCUUUUGUUGAUUAACAAUUUGUUAAUUAAUUGUGGAUGAAAGUAAGCUGGGCAUUUUUUAUUCGACAAUGAUUUUCUUGUAUUCGUGGACAGUCUAUAUUCAGCAAUAUUAAAUCAUCAUGACCUCAAGAUUGGAUAGAUUAUUUAUACUGUUGGAGACUGGAACAAAUGCAGUAACCAAACGAGCAGCUGCGCAACAGCUGGGUGAAGCGCAGAGAUUACAUCCUCAUGACCUGCAUCAUUUAUUAGCAAGAGUCUCCACUUUAUUAAAAUCACCACAAUGGGAUACUCGAGUAUCAGCGGCUCAUGCUGUGCAAGCUAUACUUGCUCAAGUUCCACCCUGGGGGCCAGAAUCUAUUAAGAUAGAAGCGUCUGCAAAUGAUUUGGAGGUGACAAAACAAAAAUUUCCCACCGCUAGAUUAAAUUUGAAGUCCUUCGAUAUGGGCAGGGUUCUAGCGCGUAGUUCACAUCUUACCGGAUCGGAGGGUAGCGAAUACGAUUUAACCAUAACGGAGGGCGAGCAAUUGUCGCUUCCUAAUCAGCAGGAAAAAUUAGCCGCAAAACUGGGCUUUCAUCCACGUCUGAUGGGCGUCGACACCGCUGAUUUGUUUACCGUCGAGGAUCUUACCCCAGUGAUGCAGACAACGCCGCAAGUCACUACGGUGCCUGUCGACGAGACUCUGAAUCAACCAGGAGGAUUGAGUAGAAGAGAAAUGAACAGAGCGAAACGAAAAGCACGUCAGUCAGUGUCAAAGCAGCGGUCGCGCGAACCAGACGAUCAUCGUGUCAGCGACGACCAUUCGAAUUCGACGAACGUUCAAUCGCCAGUGAAUAAUACCGAACCUCCGAACAAAAAAAUCAUAUUAGAGGAUAUGAUCUCAUCGGAUGCUGGCUCGAAAUGCAGCGCAUCUAGCGAGUUAGUAAGCGGAGUGCCGGAUGGGACCGGAUGUUGGCCAGAUUCGGUGAUAGAUUGGCCUUUGGAGCCUUUCGCAGAGAGUCUCUGCCAGGAUCUGUUCAGUCAGAAGUGGGAAGUGCGUCAUGGGGCGGCGACAGCUUUACGAGAACUCAUAAGACUACAUGGAAAGGGAGCGGGUAAAUCGAGAGCUCAGACCGUAGAAGAGAUGCAGCAGAGCCAUCACGAGUGGAUAACCGACGCCGCUUUACGAUUAUUGUGCGUACUAGGGCUCGAUCGAUUUGGAGACUUCGUUUCCGAUCAGGUUGUCGCACCGGUGCGGGAAACAUGCGCCCAAGCGUUGGGAUCGCUCUUUUUGUUAAUACCCGGCGGCCAGGACGCGAAGGAUAAGGACGGGAUGUUUCAUGGAAUACUCUCCAUAGUGCUGAAACUCCUGGGACACGACGAGUGGGAGGCCAGACACGGCGCGCUUCUCGCGCUCAAGUAUCUACUCGCCGUGCGGGAUGAUUUGUUGGACGAGAUACUGCCGCGGGUGUUCCCCGCUAUUAUACAAGGACUCUCCGAUCCUGUGGACGACGUGGGCGCGGCCGCGGCGAGCGCGCUCAUACCGGUAGCGCACGCCCUACCACGAUUGUUGAAAGGAGCGGAAUUGGAGGCGAUCGUGACGCGACUCUGGCAGUUGUUGAAGGAACAGGAUGACUUGGCUGCCGCCUGCAACAGUUUCAUGGGCCUUCUGGCCGCGAUACUAUCAUUGCCGGCGGCGCACGCUUGCUUGACACCGCAACCGUUGUCGCAGGUAUUACCACGCCUGUGGUCGUUUUUGAGCCACUCGAGUUCGAGCGUGCGCAAAGCCACGCUGUGCACGCUGCAGACUCUGACCGAGGACGACGGCGGCGAUCGCAGCGAGGACAAAAAACGAUGGGGCGAGGGCGGCGGGCUAGUUCUGCAGGAAGCCCUGCGACACGUGUUCCAAUGCGCGCUGAUCGAGCACAUCAGCGCGAUUCAAGACGUGGCCGAGCGUGUCUGGGAGAAUCUAGUCGUACAGAGUGAUCUCGAGUUGUUGCUACACGCGGCCUGUCCGCAUGUCAGUACCUGGCUCUGCUUGGCUAUGCAGCCGGAACACGUGCCAUUCAACCUGAACCUAUUGAUGACCGUGAGCAGCAGCGUCCCCAAGGGUGGCGCGAAGAAUAAUCAAGCGGUCGUCUACCAAGACGGUCAAUCGACGCUGGAUACCGGCAACAAUUGCGCCGGGAACGUGAUGAACGCGACCGCGAAGACCCUGUCCGAGCUGAAGAUGUACAUCGGCGGCAUCGAGACAGUCGCGCUCAACGUACGGAAGGCGAACGUGGUGCAGGCGCGUUGCAGAGCGUCCCGUAUGUUGGGACUGUUGUCGCACUACGUCGUGCAGCCCGCACCAGGCGUCGUUUAUCCGCCGGACGUGCCCAGCCCGGCAAUUUGUUACGCCAAGGUGUUGCUGGCGCAUCUCAACUCGCGAUCAGCAUUGCAACGCACGAUCGCAGGACUCACGAUGUCUCAUUGGGCGACCAUGGCUCCCAUUAGGCCGCCAGUGGUACCGGAUAUACUCAGUGACCGACUGUUGGGCUGUUUGAACGAGUGCAUGUACUACGACGAAAUUGCGGCCUCCUUCACUCGACUACUGCACGAAAGUCGCGAUUACAUCGCGACUUUGAAGCAUUACAAGUUACCAGUCCCGAUCGACGUGGAUUCGUCCGGUGUGAUGACUUUGGAGCAGAUCGCGGCCCUCGCCGGAAAGACCAUCCCGACUCUCUGCAGCACCGGAGCAGGCGGAACCGGAAGCAUUAGCAAUUGCGCGAUGCCCAAACUGAAGCCUAAGUUAAUAGAGAGUCUGGAGGAAAGGAGGCGAGCGUUGGACGUCGGAGCGACCGCGACGGCGGCUCAACAGCAAUCGUUGCACGUGAUGUCGAUGGCCGCGCUGGCUGGCGCCGCCACGAUGCUGCAUUGCCUUCCUCAGCCGCCCCAGCCACUCAAUCCGCUGGUGAAACCGCUGAUGGAGGCUGUGAAACGGGAGGAGAAUGAGGAACUGCAGAAGCUGGCUGCAAAGCACCUAUCUCAUCUAGUCGAGCUUUGCGUCGACAGAAAACCCUCUCCAAACGCAAAGAUUUCUACCAACUUAUGUACAUUCCUGUGUUCCGAUGUGGAAUUCACACCGCGAAUAUACACCGCCGGCGACACCGAUAUCUUCGAUGGAAUACUCACUUUGAAUAACAGACAGAAGCACGCCGAGAGGAUAGCCUAUAAUCGCGGCGCGGGUAGUGGACUCGGCGGUGGACGAGGUCCCGGUAGGCCACCAACGACCGAGAUUCCUCUGGAAGAAUUGCUCGCUUGCGAGGAACCGGAAGCCAAAGCCGCGAGAACACGCCGUCGUGGAGCUACUCUAGCAUUAACAGCUAUAGCUACUCUCUUCGGAGCGCGAUUAUCCGAGCGUCUGCCUCAGUUAUGGGAUCUGAUCUUACCGGACGUGCUAAGAGACACGAACAAGCAGGAUAACGUGAAAGAAGAGGAUGGGAACCAAUUGAUCUUUGGCUUGCAAGUUUUGGAGAUCAUGGCACCGAGUUUGGAUAAAUCUCUCCUGCCGCCCGCGCUGGAGUGUCUGCCGCGUUUGUGCAAAUUAUUGGCGCAUCCGUACAAAGCUGUCAGGCAUAUGGCUUCGCGGUGUAUAGCUACAUUAGCUACUCUAAAUGCGGAGAAGACAAUGGUACACAUAAUACGAAGCGUCAUACCGCUUCUGGAGACAACCGGCAGCGAAAGAAAAGGUCCCUCGGGGAUAGUGAUGCCGACCAAGGUUUAUUCCAUACGUCAGGGAGCCGCGGAAGCUCUGACCUGCGUCGUAGAGAGCUUAGGCGUACAAGUGAUACCUUACGCUGUACUAUUCAUGGUACCUUUACUCGGACGCAUGAGCGACCAGAAUCAAGCUGUCAGAUUGGUUUGCAGCGCGACAUUCGCUACCCUUGUGCAGCUGUUACCGCUUGAUCCCGGCGCGAUCAUCGAUCCACCGGAUUUGGUACAAGAGAAGGCGCAGGAGCGGAAGUUUUUGGACCAGCUUCUGAAUCCUCGAAGUAUCCCCAAUACGGAGCUGCCAAUUCCCGUAGCCGCGGAGCUGCGCUCUUAUCAGCAUCAGGGCUUGAACUGGCUGAAUUUCCUGAAUCGUUACCACCUUCACGGGGUUCUGUGCGACGACAUGGGCCUAGGAAAAACGUUGCAGACCCUCUGCAUCCUGGCCUUGGAUCAUCAUCGUCAUCCGCAGGCCCCGACCAGCCUCGUGGUGUGUCCGCCGACUCUUACCGGUCACUGGGUGUACGAAGCCGAGAAGUUCUUCAAGAUCCGAGAUCUCUCGGUUAUGCAGUACGCCGGAACGCCGCAGGACCGGGAGAAGCUACGUCCCCGGGUGCCGCAUCACAGACUCGUCGUCGCGAGUUACGACAUUGUGCGAAAGGACAUCGAGUUCUUUGAGGCGCAGCAAUGGAAUUACUGCGUGCUCGACGAGGGCCACGUGAUAAAAAACGGGAAGACAAAGAGCGCGAAAGCUGUGAAACGACUACACGCCAAUCACAGGCUCAUAUUGUCCGGCACACCAGUACAGAAUGAUGUAUUGGAAUUGUGGUCCCUGUUUGACUUCCUGAUGCCAGGUUUCCUCGGCAGCGAGAAACAAUUCGCCGCCAGGUACUCCCGUCCCAUUCUGGCAUGCAGAGAACCGAAGGCAGGUCCGAAGGAACAGGAGGCUGGCGCUUUAGCUAUGGAGGCUCUUCAUCGGCAGGUACUGCCGUUCUUGCUGAGACGAAACAAGGAGGACGUGCUACAAGAUUUGCCUCCGAAAAUCACGCAGGAUUAUUACUGCGAUUUGUCGCCUUUGCAACGUAUACUUUACGAGGAUUUUCGAACCCGUCAUUCGGCUACUCUCGCUUCCGGCUCCUCGUCCUCGAGCGAUCCUCAAAGCGGUCACGUAUUCGAGGCGCUGCGAUACCUGCGUAAUGUCUGCAAUCAUCCUAAGCUGGUGCUAAGUCAACGCCAUCCACUUUAUCAAUCGGUGUGCGAUACCUUGAAGCAACAACAAAGCACCCUGGCGGAGAUCGAACACGGCGCCAAGUUGCCGGCGUUGAAGCAGCUGUUACUGGAUUGCGGUAUCGGGCAGCAACAGCAGCAGCAGCAGCUGAUUCGCUCGAAUUCCUCGGUCAACGCGAGUCUCGCCGUGGAAAGCGCCCAGGAGCAGCAACUAGUCAGCCAACAUCGCGCUCUGAUUUUCUGCCAGUUGAAAGCGAUGCUCGACAUCGUGGAAAAGGACUUGUUGCGCGCCCACCUGCCGACGGUGACUUACCUUCGUCUGGACGGUAGCGUCCCAGCGGCGCAGAGGCACUCGGUUGUGGCGCGCUUCAACGCCGACCCGUCGAUAGACGUUCUCCUGCUGACUACCCAGGUCGGCGGGCUCGGAUUGAAUCUAACGGGAGCGGACACCGUCAUAUUCGUAGAGCACGAUUGGAAUCCCAUGAAGGACCUCCAAGCGAUGGACCGCGCGCAUCGCAUCGGUCAGAAGAAGGUAGUCAACGUGUACCGCUUGAUCACCAGGUCAACGGUGGAAGAAAAGAUCAUGGGACUGCAGAAGUUCAAACUUCUCACCGCGAACACAAUAAUAUCGACGGAGAACGCUUCUCUCGAGACCAUGGCUACGGAUCAGUUGUUAGAUUUAUUCUCGUUGGAUAAUGGCAAGGAGAAGAGGGCGGAUAAUCAAGAGGACGCCGCUCUUUCAAGACUUCCCGGCCUAUCGGGAAUUAGCCGUUCCGUAUUGGAUAUCCUACCUGAGCUUUGGGAGCAGCAACAAUACGACGACGAAUACGAUCUCGACUCAUUUUUGUCAACUCUGAAGGCUGAUAACCAGUAAGCUUGUACCUCGAUAAAUAGAUUAUAAACUCGGUAAGUUCUCUUUAAGUACCUCCAUCUGAGAAGUUGCCACACAAUACCGAACAUAUAGAAAUUAGAUCCUACCGCGAACUCUCUUGCUUAGGCGCAACCUCCGGAAGCUGUAGCGUAUCUCAGUGACCAAAAGAGAUCACUCAAAUAAUUUAUAUAUUAAAAAGUCAUUUAUACACGUCUGACUAAGGAUUAAUCAUUAUUAAUUCUUAACCUAAUUGCGAUAUUGCAUAAAUGUUAAUGAUAAGGAUAAAAUGACAUACAUCGUACCUAAACUCAAAUAGCCGGUAUGAUAGCAGAUAGAAAAUAGAUUAAGAUAUCUUGUAAACGUGUGUGUUUCUCAUUUAGUUUAUAAUAAUUUAUAAAAAUGCCGAUACAUACAAUUAUUACAAUUCCGUAUUUGUACCAAACAACGCCACGGUGCAUAAUUAUUAUUUAUAAUGUCUAA